AUGUUGGAUAGUUUGAAAUUGAUAGAGUUUGAUGGCAUCUACAUGAAAAGGAUUCAAGAUCUUGUAGAUGAGCCACUAAAACACUGCCAUGCUUGGUUGAGAUCACUGGAGGUCUUAAUGAAUACCAUGUCAGAUUUUAAGAAACCAUUUGAUAUCAAAGAGUACAUAACUCGAUCGAACCAACAACUCAACAUUUUCAACCUGAAAGAAAACAUCAACAUAAAUUUUAAUAGCCACCUUAAAAAAGAUCUUCAAAAGUUCAGCUCAGAAAUAAAAGCUGCAAUUGACCAUGUUGAAAAGAUUUUUGAAAAUGGAAUUAUUUCCGUACAUAGCAAAUGUUUAGAGUUGCUGAAUGAUCAGCUGAAUGUUCACAGAGCUAAACUCAAUGACGCAAAACGUUGUGUGAUCGAAGAAACAAACGUUAAUGAAAAACUUUCUGAAAAAUUGGAAAUCUUAAAACAUGAGCUUAAGAAGAAGGAAGAAGAAUUUAGAAAGUUACAGAAGCACCUAAAAUUGAUGAAAAUUGAAAAAGGACAAGCCGAGGAAAACAGCAUAAAAUUCAAAGAACGAAUCGAAAGUUUAAGCAAGAAACUGAAAACGUUGAACACCGACUGCGAAAAAAUGAAAUACGAGCACCAAAAUACUUACUCAAACAUGCAAACUAAGAUAAACAGCCUGCAAGAGACCAUUUCAGCAUUUAAAUCCAAAGAAGAGCAAUACGAAAUUGAAUUAUCUUCACUGCGUCUGCAAAUGUUAAACGAUCGACUCCAACUUGUUUCCCGCUCGUCGCAGACCGAUUUUAAGAGUUCCGAAUGUAACUGCGAAAGUACAGACGCAGCAGAUCUCACUAAUGAUGAACAAGUUUUUUGCACAGCAGUCCACAAUGAAGACUCGCAGUUAAUAAAAAUUGAUUUCGAAGAGACAACAAACAUCCCAACUUUUUCCGAAUUAGAGACUGACACGCUGGUGGAUGUUGUUCACACUAAAAAGGAUGCACUUUUAAAGGAUUCUUUCAAAAACAGCAGAAGUUUUGCUAAAGAGAAAAGUGCAUUGUGUAAAACAUCUAGAAACAAAUCUGACGCACAAAAUAAUUCAAAUGAACACGACAAGAAGACCAUAAGUAACUUGAAGAAAGAUAUUUCAGUGCUGGUAUCGAAACAAACAGACAUGAAUGAAUUAAAAGAGUUUCAUCGGAAAGAGAUAAAUUCAAUGUCAGAAAAGUUUCAACAAAUGCGCACCAAACUGAACAGAUCGAACCAUCAAGUCACACAGCUGGCCCAACUCGUGGACAGACAAAAAUCUCAAAUUGAAAAUCUUCAACUGGAUUUAAAAAAGCAAUCAGCGGUUAUAGACGAGUAUCAAACGAAACUGGAGAAACAAACUGUUGAUAUGAGAAUCCUGGAAAACCUCUUGCCAUCAGGCAACAGUGCUAAUGAAACACACAAGGUUCUUAUUAGCUGUGGAGUUCUUUGGCGAUGA